UCCCGCUCCAGGCCGCGAUUCCCGGUGGGAAUUCCCUCUGGAAUUGUCUCUCCACAGGGAAUGGGUGCUGAAGAGCAGCCUGCUGGUGGCCAUGGCCGUUUACACCUACCUGAGGCUCCUCGUGGACCACCACGGGACCCCCCAACUGCAGGGGCUGCGCCAGAAGGAGGUGGAUUUCUGCAUCUCCCUGCUCCGGGAACGGUUCAUGGAUUGCUUCAUGAUCGGCCGGGAUCUGGUGCGGCUCCUCCAGAACGUGGCGAGGAUCCCGGAAUUCGAGCAGCUCUGGAAGGACAUCCUGCACAACCCUCAGGUGCUCAGCACCCAAUUCACAGGGGUCCUGCAGCUCCUGCAAUCCCGAACUUCCCGCAAAUUCCUGGCGUGCCGCCUCACCCCCGACAUGGAGACCAAGCUGCUGUUCAUGACCUCGCGGGUAAUUCCAGCAGAAUUCCCUCCUGGAUUCCCCCUGGCAGGGCUGGACCGGGGUUCUCCAUGGAUAGUUCCACCAGAAUUCCCUCCUGGAUUCCCCCUGGCGCGGCUGGAGCGGGGUUCUCCAGGGAUAAUUCCAACAGAAUUCCCUCCCAAAUUCCAGCUCUGCUGA